CGGUAGAAGAGACCCCCCCUCUGAGAUCUCUCCCCUAGGGUUUAGUGAGCUCGUACAUUUGAUAAUGGCGUCCAAGCUUCUGAUUCGAAUUGGAAAUUCUUUCAUAAAUCGGUUGCGGUUAAAUUCCACGCAACAGAGCCACAGGAUUUGGAGUCACCAAACUCUGUCCCAUGGCCAUGGCGUUGAAGUCACUCCGAUGCUAUUUCCUUCAGUCUCCAAGCAUCAGACCUCGCACCAUUUGCAGCAGAAUGACAUCGAAUCCUUGAGGAAGCUCGAAUCGGAAGGCGUUUUCUUCCCUUUUGGUCUUCCGUCCCUCCGGUUCUUCUUGCCAGACGGAGAUGCUUCUUCGUCCCAAGAACCAAUGCUCCUAUUUCCUAAAAGGACUUUUCAACCUAGCAUCAUCAGGCGAAAGAGGAAUCAUGGAUUUUUUGCCCGCAAAGCAACCAAGGGUGGACGGAAAGUUAUUUCUCGAAGGAUUGCAAAGGGCCGAUCAAGAGUAACUGCAUAAUGUUUAUCUCAAGUCAGGUCUAUUUGAAUUGCCCUGCCAAAAUCUUGUGUAGGUUAUGUUAGUUUUUCAUGGACUAGGCUGGCUGAAUAUCCACCAUUAUUGUCAGUCAUCUCCUUAGGCCUCGAACACUGUCUGUAUACACUUACCUUUUUAAAUAAUUACCAUGCCUUAAGCCAGUUUCUGUUCCA